UUUCCUUGUUGGACAAGUAUCAGAAAAAGAAGGUUCCAUGAUUGUCUAUUUCCUUUAUCUUUGAGGUGCUGCGGUUUGCUGUUGUUCCUUCCGUGAUGCGGUUUGCCAGGGGCCUUUGAAAUCAAAGAGGCAUUUUGUUUUGUUUCCCCUCCUAUGCUAGAGGGCUCCGAGUCUUGACGUUUAUAUUCCCUUCCUGAACUAAUGUUCUAGUCCAGUUUCCUCUCUUAUUUGUUGUCAUGACAGAUCUUUGUGGGUCUUACCGCUUCCUGAUGUCUCAUGUUGCUUUUCUCUUGAGAUCGUUGAUCCAUUUCUUCAGUGGUGUAUGUGUAUUGCCAUAGUUGCUGUGGCUUCUAUGUGUUUGUACUCGUGCUAUAUGAUGUGAUGUGAGAGGAGUAUACAUCUCAUCUUCUGUGAUGGGAAAUUUGGAUGCUGCUGAUGUUGAAGAAGGUGCCUUCACAAUUAGCGAUGCCAAGCUACAUGGCGGGAUGUGUAGGAGACUUUCUUCAAUAGUAUGUAAAGUGAUUGCAAUAUUUCCACAACUAGAAGAAUCAAGGCCUAGGUGCACAUCAGGCAUACAGGCUCUCUGUUCACUGCAUGUGGCACUUGAAAAGUCUAAGAGCUUGCUUCAGCAUUGUGCUGAUUGCAGCAGACUUUACUUGGCAAUCACAGGAGAUUCUGUUCUGUUGAAAUUUGAGAAGGCUGGAUGUGCAUUGGAGGAGAGUUUAAGGCGUGUUGAAAACAUUGUUCCACAGGCCAUUAGUUGUCAGAUCAUGACAAUUAUCAGUGAGCUCCAGGGUACUGUUUUUGCUCUUGACCAAUUGGAAAAGCAGGUCGGUGACGAUAUCAUUGCAUUGCUUCAGCAGGACAGGAAUUGUAAUAGCACUUGUGAUUACAUGUCAGAACUCGAAGCUUUUCAUCAGGUGGCCUCGAGGCUUGGUAUAACUUCCUCUAGGGCAGCCCUUGCUGAGAGGAGAGCUCUCAAGAAAUUGAUUGAAAAGGCUCGCAGUGAGGAUGAUAAGAGGAAGGAAUCAAUUGUCUCUUAUUUGUUACAUCUUAUGAGAAAGUACUCAAAGCUUUUCAGAAGUGAAUGCGCAGAUGAUGGAGACUCUCAGGGUUCAGCACCAUGUUCACCAACAGUUCAGGGUUCUGCUGAAGAAGGCUCUGAGUCUGGGAAGGCCUUUGACCACCACUUGCUGAAAUUCGACUCCUUUAAUGUUAGGCCAAAUGGCAGGAGAUCAGUCAACAUACCUGUAAUCCCUGAAGAGUUCAGAUGUCCUAUUUCUCUGCAACUGAUGCAUGACCCUGUCAUAAUUUCAUCAGGGCAGACAUAUGAGAGAGUUUGUAUAGAGAAAUGGUUCAGUGAUGGUCAUGAUACCUGCCCAAAAACUCAGCAGAAACUCUCUCAUCUUUGUCUGACUCCAAACUAUUGUGUCAAGGGUUUGAUUGCUAGUUGGUGUGAACAAAAUGGAGUGAAUCCUCCUGAGCACCCCCCUGAUUCCCCUGAUUUGGAUUGCUGGCGAUGGGUGUUAUCUCAAUCUGAGACUUCAAACUCUGGAUCGAUGGAAAGCUUUGACUGUAGUCAUAUAAAAGGAGCCAAAGUUGUUCCUAUGGAGGAUAGUGGUGAUUUGUGUGCCAAGCAGAAUAUAAGUGUUAAGGACACCUUUUCAAGUAAGGGUGAGGUAGAUCCCAUUCACUUGUACAAAAGACUUCUGGCUGUGUUGAAUGGUGAGCUUAAUACAGAAACAAAAUGCAGAGCUGUAGAGGAGAUAAGGAUUUUACUAAAGGAUGAUGAAGAGGCUAGAUUUUGUAUGGGUGAGAAUGGCUUUGUUGAUGCCCUUGUGAUGUUUGUGAGAGCAGCAGUACAUCAAAGGAAUGAGAAGGCUCAGCAAACAGGAAUAAUGGCUCUUUUCAAUCUUGCUGUCAACAAUGAUAGGAACAAGGAGUUGAUGUUAACCUCAGGGGUGGUUGAUCUAUUGGUAGAAGUGCAGCAGUCAAGAUCCUAUGAGGCUGCCGCAGCACUUUACCUUAAUCUUUCCUGUCUUGACAAAGCAAAGUUGAUAAUUGGUUCAUCUAAGGCUGUCGCUUUUUUGGUCGGUUGCCUCUAUGAGUCUCAAACACAAUGUAAAUUUGAUGCUGUCCAGGCUAUCUACAAUCUCUCUACACUUCCAAGCAAUAUCCCUUUCUUGCUUGCUGCUGGUGUGGUUGCGAACCUCGCCUGCAUCUUAAGCAGCUGCGACAACACCUGGGCGGACAAAGUCAUAGCCUGUCUGUGUAAUCUCUCAUCAACUAGAAACGGCAGAACAGAAAUGAUUACCUGUCCGGGUCUGAUAGCCUCUCUUGCCUUGGUUCUGGACUGUGGUACACAAGUUGAGCAGGAAAUGGCAGUCUCUUGUCUCUUGACUCUGUGCAUUGAGGAUGAGAGAUGCAGCCAACUAAUCUUGCAGGAAGGGGUGAUUCCAUCUCUGGUCUCCAUGACUGUAAAUGGGACACCCAGAGGAAAGGACAAAGCACAGAAACUGCUGAUGCAUUUUCGUGAACUGCGGGAACGGGAACAAGAGAACAGAAGCUCUCAAGCAGCGCAAGCUCUAGGUGGAAGCCAUGGUGGAGAGCAGCAAGAAAAGGAAGCGAAACAGUUGUCGAGGUCCACAUCAAAGAAAUUGGGGAGAACUCCAACUUCAAAAAGACUGGGGAGGACUCUCAGUUCCAUGUGGAAAGUUAAGUCAUUCUCCAUUUACCAAUGUUAGUGAAGUUGGUAGCCCGUGUACGUGAAGUCUUCCUCAAGCUUUGUUUGGGUUCUUGUGCCAUGCUCUGCCCCCUUUUAUAGCAUCCUUUCCUUCCUUUUUGCCCUUUCUAUAAAUAUAAAUAGUCUCAGGUGCAGGGAGCCUGCGCGAAGAGAUGUACAGGAGUCUGUAUAUUUGUCUUUUUCAUUUUCCUUUUUCUUUUCUUUUUUUUUUUGUAGCCUCAGGGAACGAAGUGAAAUGCCUUCGUGUUUCCGGGCACAGUGUGGUGCCCUGUGAUGUGUAUGAGAAGGCAUCUUUUACCACUAUAAAGCGCUCUCUCUCUCUCUUUCUCUCUC